AUGAAGCGACAGGAGGCUCGUCUUGAACAGCUCCGUGCCGAGUGCAAUCACGAAGAAGAUUCUCUUGAACGAAUACAGGCUGCAGUCCAAGAGUUAUGGGCUAGUCAACCCAUUGUUCGGGCACUGGAACAGCUCUUCCAGCACUCAGAGGCCCUACAUCUCGCUAUUGAAGUUGAUGCCAGCCAGGAACUGAUCAGUACAGCACGGGCAGCCUGGCGCAGAGUAGUUUGUGAGCACUUGAUAGAUGAAGGCACCGGUUUGUCAGACUUCGCAACCACCCAUGGCUUGGAACAGCCCGAGACUGUGCUGGAAAGCACAAUUGCUAUUGGAGUCGAGCUGCUACGUGAGGAGAUUGAUCGUGACGGCGGCACAGCGUCUCUGAACAGCUUAGAGGAGAUAACCACAACAGUGAAUCAUGGAGCUGAUGGCGCAGAGACCAUGACGGUAGAGCUCAUCAAGAGAGGAGACGAUUUGCCGGUGGUCAAUUAUAUCACCCAGGUUGUCGACGAGACUGACGAUGACGACAUUCCGGUAAUUGUUCCACGGCCACCAUCAUGGGGAGCCUGA